AGAAAGGUAAACAAGUCUGCCGGUGCCGAUUACUGAAAUCGAAACUCGAAACGUUCGCCGUUUCAACGGUAUUUUUAUUGUUCUGGGGAACUACGUACUUCCGGUACGACAGAGAACAACUCUAUUACGGGCAUAAUCUAAUCCUCGAAUGAAGCGGACUUUCGAGGGACCUAAGCUUUUAAGAGUCGAGCACCGGGGAGGACAGGUAUCUUUCCCUUUAAAUCUACUCGCGUAUUUCCGGCGGCCUACGCGUUUACAAAUAUCAUGCGUGACGAACGACGAAGAAAUAUACAGUUGGAAUGAAUCGUUGUUUUAAAAGGCGGAUCGACCUCGGGCCACUCAACGUGUCUAAUUAUAAACGGACAAGGUAUCGAGGGGAGUGAAUUGACCUGAAAGCGAAGAAGUACAAAACAUUACGGCCAAGACUCGACAGGAGGGAUAAUCACCCCUAGAUCCUUUGAGCAUCGAUUUUAAGUUCCUCCUUCUUGAGCACCGGCUGGCCAAUCACGGGAUAAGAUACCGAUCGCAGCGUCCCUCAGGAAUAUCGCAUCGAAAAUUUUCUGCUUCAUUUGCGAUUUGUCAGGCGGACCGUGCACAGCGAGUGACAACUAGGAGAAAUUGAAUCGUUUUUUUCUAUCCAUUCAUGUCGCGACGAUAACGAGAGUGUGAAGUGUCAGCAGUCAUGCCGAAAGAAAAUAAAAGCACAAGCCGGAGAAACAAACGUCAGAGCUCCGAUUCCGAUAACAGACAACAGGACGCCACGGUUACAAGCGAGCGAGGAUCAGCGAAGUCUGGAAGCAAACGCUACAGUCCUUUUCAACGGGAAUCGUCAAGGAAAGAUUCAAGGGCCGAGGAACAGACGGUGAUAAUGACUUCGUCCGACAGCCUGCACUCGAUAAGCGGCGGUAUCAUCGAAAGUGGCAUCAAAUACAUUAUGUUCCCGCUGCAUCUCUUACGUUUCUGCUUGUUUGGGAUCAAUUCGGUGUCCGGGAAGCUUACAGCGCCUAAGAAGGACCAAGAAGCGACCGAUUCGACGACAAAUAGCAAGGAAAAGGAAACUAAGGAAAAAAAGACUAGCGACAAAGAAGAUAAAUAUGCGAAAGACGACGGAACUACGGAUAGAAGAUCUAAGGAAGAUUCUAAGGAGCAUCAAGGAAACUCGGAGUCUGGUUCCCAUUCGAAAACCGAAAACGAAGAGCUCGAUGAAAGGGAUUCGAAGAAGAGACGUAAAAGCGACGAUGAAGAGUUCAAAGAUGCGUGUGUUCGCAUCGAAGAUGAUUCUGAUUCUUCCAACGAUCAAUGGAGUAGCGCGAGCAGUACGAUGAUCAUGAACAUGUCGCUGGAUCACGACAACAUUGACAAAUGUACGACGUUCUCUGCCUUGGAGGAACCGAUGGAUGUAUCGAUAGAAGAACUCAUUUAUGAGAAACCUCACACUGUGACACAAUCGUCGCGGAACGGUUACUCCGUUGAGAAUAUGUUCAACAGUACACCGUGGUUCUACGGCGAGGAAGAUAGCAACUUGUCGGUGGACGAAGAGAUCGCAAGAAUCUUUCAGAAACAGUGCACUUCGUCCGAGGAAGAGAACUCGUAUUCCCACAGCAAAACAUCUUCGAAGCGCGACAAAGCGAAGGAGAAUAAUUUUCUUUCGCACAGAAAAAGGAACGGUUCUGCCGGUGCGUUGGACUCGAAGAAGCCGGAAGAAGUUGACAAAGAACGGAGAAGGAAAACGCCUUCCGAUAUUGUUUAUACGAAAAGAAAAGCGUCGCAGGAUUACGACAGGAACGAGAAGCAUAGGGACCGCAAGAAUGAUGCGAAACCGCGCGAAGAGAAACGUUCCUCCAGGCAGGAGCCUUCGAGUAAAUCGAAAACGAAAUCCUCGAAAAGCCCGGUCAAACAUAAGGAGUCGAAACGGAAAGACGUCAAGUACAAGGAGAUAGCUACUCAAACCGACAGUGCCUUUUCGGACGAUGACGUUGAAAUGGUCCCGGUUGAUAUGAAAUUGCUUGAAAAACAAUUUUACUGCAAGAGCGCGGCUCACCGAUCGCAUCCCAAUCUCUAUCAGAACAGGGAAAUGGAGCACGACUUAAAUUACGUGGCAGACAACGAGGAUUCGACUGACGGAUUGACGAGGAACACGCGUCUACGAAUUUCAUCAUGCAGCACGUCAUCCUCUUCCACGGACCUCGGUUUCGACGAACAGGUAUCGGCGACUCCAGACGCGGAUAUGAGGACAGGGCGUUGGAAUGGAAACGCAGCCGACACGAUUAACCCUUUUCGAAUAUGCAGCCGCGCCCCGCCAGGUUUUCCUGAAUUACCGCAGAAUCCGCCGUUGUCUUAUAAACCUACUGACUGGGAAGAAUUUAAAUUAACAUCCUCGAUAAAUAAUUAUUGCACUCCAACCGUUCCAACGUCAGGUACAGUACCACGGGCUCCCUCGCCUAUGAGACAUCUGUAUUACGAUUAUCCUGAAUUCAUGGAUCUUCCUCAUAUUGUUAAAUCUUCAAAUAUUUCAAAUAAUAUUACAAGUAACUAUUACCGGUGACAAUAAUGUCGUGAACAGAAAUAUGUGCCUGAGUGUACGUACGAGUUUCUAAAGAAAUGUGCAAUAAAUAAUUGAUAUUAAAGGAUUU